AUGGCUGCGCUGCCGCUGCCGCUGCCGCUGCCGCUGCCGCUGCUGUGUCUCGGCGCGUGGCUUGCUUACUUCCUGCUACGAAGCCUCUACAACAUCUACCUGCACCCGCUGCGGCACAUCCCCGGUCCCCGCCUACACGCAGCAACACGGUUACCAUUCUGGAUCUCGCUCGCGCGCGGGCGGCAGCACCUCACCACCGCCUCGCUGCACGCGCGCUACGGGCCCGUAGUGCGCCUCUCGCCCGCCGACGUCUCCUUCGCCGCCCCCGGCGCCAUCGCCGGCGUGCACAGCUACCAGCGCCGCCUGGGCGGGGGCGUUGGGCCGCCGCUGCCGCGCAGCAGGCCGUGGAGCGCCAGCGUGCAGGGCGUGCCCGAGAGCUUGACCAGCGUCGUCGAUUUUAGGGAACAUGGCCGCUUGCGCGGCGCGUUUUUGCCCGCGUUUACGGAGCGCGCGUUGUUGGCGCAGGAGCCGUUGGUGCAGGGUUAUGUGGAUUUGCUGGUGGAGAGGCUGAGGCAGAGGACGGGGCCUGGGGGUGGGGUUGUUGAUAUCGUGCCCUGGUAUACCUAUACGACGUUUGACAUCAUCGGCGACCUGGCUGUCGGCGAGUCGUUUGGCUGCCUGGAGGGAUCAAGACUGCACAAAUGGGUCGAGGGCAUGACCAGCACCAUCAACGUCGUCGCGUUCUUGGUUAUUGUGCGCACCUACCCGCUGCUGGAGAGGGUGCUCUCGUGGCUGGUCCCGCAGAGCAUGCUCGACGCGGCCAAGCUCAGCUUCGCCGAAACCGACGCCAAAGUACGGAAGCGGCUUGCGUUGCCAGCGGCGCGGCCGGACUUCCUGACGCCGGUGCUGGCCGAGCAGCGCGCCGGCAAGGAGCCCCUCACGCAGGAGGAAAUGGCCGCGAACCUGAACUUCUUCCUCAUCGCGGGUAGCGAGACGACGGCCACGGCCCUGACGGGCAUCACAAACUACCUUGUGCACAGCCCUGCGGCGCUGGCGACGCUGACGGCCGAGGUGCGCGCGGCCUUUAGCUCGCAGGGCGACAUCAGCAUUGCGGCGACGCGGGCGCUGCCGUACCUCAACGCCGUAGUGAGCGAGGGGCUGCGUCUCUGUCCGCCCGUGGCGGGCAUGAUCCCGCGCGUGACGCCGCCCGGCGGCGCCGUCGUGUGCGGGGUUCCGCUGCCGGCGGGCGUGACGGUCAACGUGGCGCAGUGGGCGCUGUUCCGGUCGGCGGCGUACUGGCACCGGGCGGACGAGUUUGUGCCGGAGCGGUGGCUGCGGCGUGCACGUGAGGACUCGGCGGAUCCGUUCUUUGGCGAUGCGCGCGAGGCGCUGCAGCCGUUUACGGAGGGCCCGCGGGCGUGUCUGGGCAAGUGGCUUGCGCUGGCGGAGAUUAGGGUCGUGUUGGCGAAGAUGGUGUGGGCGUUUGAGAUGGAGAGGGCGGGGAGUCGGAAGGGAGAUGUUAAGUGGGAGCGGCAGAGGGUUUGGUUGGUGGUGGAGAAGGAGGGGUUUGAGGUCAGAUUGCGGGCGCGGAGAGGGUGA